GUUUAACUUACAAAAGUCCCUCACUUGGGCUCAGCUUUCACAGAAGGUCGUUGUAUGGCUUACGGCAUGCUGCAGCUUCUCGCCUGACUAAGCUCAUAGAAAUAUUGUUGUGGGUAUUGGGAAGCGUAUAUAAUGACCAGCCGGGUCUUGACUGCUUGAUGGCAAUGCAAUUCGGCACAGAGUUCUGACCACACUUUCUCCAUCAAACAUUGUUUUAGCACUGUGCUUACAUAGAAUAACACCUCUUCAGCCAAGACCGCACGAUGGAGAGCCUCCCGCCAGACUUUUGGGCUACGUCAAGAGCAUAUACUCCUCAUAUCUACCGGGACCAAUACCCUUUUAUCGACCCUGCUUCAUCCAGCUUGUCACAAGCAGGUAAGACGAUCAUCAUCACUGGAUCUUCGGCAGGCAUUGGGGCGAGAGGGAUCGUCCCAGCUUUUGCAAAAGCCGGGCCCAAGGCUCUUGUCCUGGUGGCACGCAACCUGGCGGCGUUGAGGACCUCGGAAGCCGUUAUAAUGGAAAUCAAUCCAGCUAUCGAAGUGCUUCUAAUUCCGACUUCUAUUGCGGACGAGGCUGCUGUCACAAAUCUCUAUGCAACAGUGCGUACGACUCUUGGCCACGCCGAUGUCUUGGUCAACAAUGCCGGGAGCAACGCGGAUGUGGCCAUGAUUGGAGAAUCCUCACCAGCCAAGUGGUGGACAGAUUUUGAGAUCAACGUCAAAGGUACCUACUUGAUGACCCGGGGUUUUCUGCAAUUGCUCGGCCGAGAUCAAAAAGGAACUGUAAUUACUAUGAACACAGAACUGGCGGCGUCCGUGGUACCGUCGUGGUCUGCCUACGGUGUUAGUAAGAUCGCAAGUCUACGAUUGGUGGAGUACCUCGCUGCAGAGUACAGCAACGUGAGUGCUGUGAGUAUACAGCCUGGCGUGGUCGCUACAGACAUGGUCGAGGAAUCUUUCAAACGGUUUGCCCAAGACACUCCGGAGCUGGUUGGCGGGAUGUGCGUCUGGCUGGCAACGGAUGCUGCUCGAUUUUUGAGUGGCAGAUUUGUCUCUGCCAACUGGUCUGUUGAUGAUCUUCAGAAGCAAAAGGAUCGCAUUCUGGCGAGCUCGGAUCUCAAGGUUGUCUACGCCGGCAUAUUCGGGCUUGACCACAUCAAGGCGACGGCUUAGAACACCACCAAACAGGAUAGAUCUAUAGCAGUUACCGAUGGCCACGCGCCCCCAGAUAAGGAAUCAGAAUUUUGACGAUCGCCGCCAGGUUGAACUUGGAAGCGCCGGGCCUCAUACUUGCCUAAAACACUUUCUCAAUAGGGUGACCGCCGCGCGUAGAUCUACUCGAUCACUCAGAAGGUGAAGAGUACCAUCACAAGAACGAGGUUGGUUACGAG